AUGAAUAUUACACCAUGUUCCAUUAAAACACUCAAGGGGUUAUAUGAUAUAUCGGGUGUAGAAGUAGGGCAACACUUCUAUUGGCAAAUAGGAGGUUUCCAAAUUCAUGCCCAAGUACUCAUCACUUCUUGGGUCGUAAUUACUAUUUUGCUAGGUUCAGUUAUCAUAGCUGUUCGGAAUCCACAAACCAUCCCGACCGAUGGUCAGAAUUUCUUCGAAUAUGUCCUUGAGUUUAUUCGAGACUUGAGCAAAACUCAGAUUGGAGAAGAAUAUGGUCCCUGGGUUCCCUUUAUUGGAACUAUGUUCCUUUUUAUUUUUGUUUCGAAUUGGUCAGGUGCUCUUUUACCUUGGAAAAUUAUAGAGUUACCCCAUGGGGAAUUAGCAGCGCCCACGAAUGAUAUAAAUACUACUGUUGCUUUAGCUUUACUAACAUCAGCGGCAUAUUUUUAUGCGGGUCUUAGCAAAAAAGGAUUGAGUUAUUUCGAAAAAUAUAUUAAACCAACCCCAAUCCUUUUACCUAUUAACAUCCUAGAAGAUUUCACAAAACCAUUAUCACUUAGUUUUCGACUUUUCGGAAAUAUAUUGGCGGAUGAAUUAGUCGUUGUUGUUCUUGUUUCUUUAGUCCCCUUAGUAGUCCCUAUACCGGUCAUGUUUCUUGGAUUAUUUACAAGCGGUAUUCAAGCUCUUAUUUUUGCAACGUUAGCCGCAGCCUAUAUAGGUGAAUCCAUGGAAGGUCAUCAUUGA